UUGAAGAGACUGCGAUUCCCCGAGUUCGUUUUUCUCCGUUUCUCUUUGAUUAGUAGGGUUUUCCAGUGCUGAAUUCUCCUCUGGAUUAAUGUUUAAGAAUACAUUUCAAUCUGGGUUUCUUUCAAUUUUAUAUAGCCUUGGGAGCAAGCCAUUACAGAUAUGGGAUAAAAAGGAAAGCCUGAAUGAUCUUGCAGACGACUUUGGUGGCUUCAAAGAUGAUCGCGUAAAGUGGUUCAUCCAUGGAGUUUUUUGGGACAACAAGGAUGAAUACUUAAUUAUCAAUUUCUGCAAAGACUGCAACAAUUUGUUGCAGUUUUCCAAAUUGGUUCUCUGCAAAUUAUACAGAUACUAUGAGGAUGGUUCGUGCAGUCCAUAUCGCCCGGGCGCCAAAUAACGACAUCGGGAGCAUAUGAAGCAGAAUUAAGGGGGAGAGUGUUGGGUGUAAUUCUGAUUAUGCAUUUGAUUGAUUAUAUAAUUAGUUAUAUAUUAUAAUUUGUUAUUAUUUAUUCUAUUAAUUUCCUAAUUAGUUAUGUCUAUUUAUAAUUCAAAUUUAAAAUUGUUUCUGUUAGUGUUGAAA